CUGCGCGUGGAGCCAGCCGCUCCGGGAGGAAGUCGGGAGACAGGAAGCCCCGCCCCCUCCCGGCGUUGGUGUUCCUUUCUCUCUACCCCCCGCGCUCUUCCGAGCUCGGGGCUCGCCGUGCGCCCUUCUUCAGUACUCCGAGCUUGCCGCGGUGUUUCCCGCCCCACUCCGCCCCGCCCCACUCCACGCGCGGGCUCACGCUCGGCGGCACCAGGCCCUCGCCUUCCCGGUCCAGGCGGCAGCCCUCUGUACGAGCACUAUGCUCUUCUAUUCCUUUUUCAAAUCCCUUGUGGGCAAGGAUGUGGUCGUGGAACUCAAGAAUGACCUGAGCAUCUGUGGAACCCUCCAUUCUGUGGAUCAGUAUCUCAACAUCAAAUUAACUGACAUUAGUGUCACAGACCCUGAGAAAUACCCUCACAUGUUAUCAGUGAAGAACUGCUUCAUCCGGGGCUCAGUGGUUCGCUAUGUGCAGUUGCCAGCAGAUGAGGUCGACACACAGUUGCUACAGGAUGCAGCGAGGAAGGAGGCCUUGCAGCAGAAACAGUGAUGGCGCCUCUGCUCCCCUUCCCUCUUCCAUUGGAGCGCCUUUACCUCAUGUCCCAGACCAGGACCCCUUCCCUCAUACUUUAGGUGUUGUGGGUUUUUUUAAUAGUGAAAGCACUUUUUUUUUUCCCCCCCCCCAAGGAAUAAGGGAAUGAGAGAAUAGUGGGGAGCCGCUAUCCUCUGUUGAGGAGUGGAUAAGUAGUCUGGGGAACUGCAAAGCCUUUCUUGUCACCAGCACCUGCCUUUUUUACUUCUUCCCUGGAGAUGGUGGGAACAUCUUCUAGAUAUCUCCAGGGCAGCAUGUGAUUCAUUUUGGGGAUGGAAGGAAUCUGUCCCGCAUCGGGAAUAAAAUUUAUGAUGCAAACUUGA